UAGUGUGGAGGAUCCCGGGAGUACAGGACGCGCUGAGCGGUGGAUGUUCGUGGAGGUCCGGCAGCAGCACAGCCGCCUCCUCCGGCCCGGUUCCGGAGCUCCGAGCCGAUGAUGUGAUUUCUCCUUCAAUCUCAUUUUGAUUUUUCUGCUUUUUUAUUUUUUGUUGUGUUUUUUUUGAGCCGUUCUCGUGAAUCCGGUUCCGCUGCGUCUCCUAACUUUGGGCCACCGGAGACAGCCUGCCGCCGCCACAGACCGGGAGAGGAGGAGGAGGAGGAGGAGGAGGAGGAGGAGACCUGACACCGAGCAGAGAGCUAUAUUUGUCCGCUUCACCGUGUGUGUGAGCGGGGAGCUCCGCUGGUCAACACCGGAGCGGAAGACGGGAGAAGACGGAGCGGCGGGAUUUAGGCUGAAUACCGGGAGCAGGGAUCCGAACCGGGAGGAGAUUUAACGAUCUCGAAGGUGCUCGGCACAAUGGGACUCCUAAACCUCUGAGGGGGCGAGCACAAAGAGACAAGAGGGGGAAGAGGAAGAAUAAAGCCGAGGGAGGGGGAAAGAGCGGACAAAAGAGGAGGAGGAGGAACAGAAGAAGGAGGGGAGAUUGUUGCCCGGCGCCAGGCGAGCAGAAAAGCUUUUCGUCUGAAGAGUGGGCGGAGAGGGUGAGGGAGGGAGGGAGAUUUGAAAAGAGGGAUUUGCUCUAUCUGUCGGGGGUGCAUGCUCCCCCUUCAGUCCCCCCCUCCCACUUGGACAUCCUCCUUUUUAUUUUUCUUUCUGCAUCAGCGACGAGCCGACAAAAGGUGAAGAAUGCGCAAUAAACUGAGUUUGGGAAGCCUCGGGGCGAGCGGGGGACUCGACGUGAGACUACCCAGGACUAAAGCCUUGCUGCUGGGCUUGGUUCUCGCCGUGGCGGGCUGGUACCCUCCGCUGGUCCGUGCAGAGGUGGAGAUCGACGUCCUGGGCGAGAUGCUGUUAGAAGGUGAGAGGGUGGGCAGAACGAGCGAGCUGGAGGCCUCCAUGCACUCCUCGUUCCUUCGGGACUUCCAGGAGGUGACAGAAGGUAUCCGGGCGAUGGAUGCUGUCGCCGUAGAGACCGGCGAGACGGCGGUGACUCAGCAGAACGCUGAGGCCGCACCCACCGCCUUCCCGGACUCCUCCGCAGUGGUGGGUCGGAUCUUCCAGAUGAAGGUGCCAAACAAGAUGGAAGAUUACCUGGGAGACAUUGUCAAGAUCACAGAGAUGGGGAAGGCGUCCCUCCCCGGCUGGCUGCACUGGGACGCCAGCAGCAGAAUCCUGCAGGGUCUACCUUUGGAGGAGGACAAAGGUGUCCAUUACAUCUCGGUUUCCAUCUCCAACCACACAAAGUCCUCCACCUCUUCAGAGGUAUUCUCCAUUGAGGUACACCCUGAAGAUCAUUUGGACGCAGAUUCGGCGCAGCUGGCAUCCAACCAGGCCUCCGCUGAAGAUGAUGUCCAGCCAUUCAUGUGUAGCAACGAGGAGCCGGUCACGGUGCUGACGGUGAUCCUGGAUGCCGAUUUGACCAAGAUGAGCUCAGAACAGAGGGUGGAACUCUUGAAUAACAUGAGGAGCUUCUCUGGGGUGGGGCUCCAGCACAUGAAGAUACUCCCUGUGGUCAACAACAGGCUGUUCGACAUGUCUGCAUUCAUGGCUGGGCCAGGCAAUGCAAAGAAGGUGGUGGAGAACGGAGCUCUGUUGUCCUGGAAGCUCGGCUGCUCACUGGAGCAGAGCACCGUUCCGAAUAUCAACAGCGUCCAGGGUCCCGCAAAGGAAGGCACAAUGUCAGCCAGGCUCGGCUACCCGGUGGUGGGAUGGCACAUCGCCAACAAGAAACCUCAUGUCCCUAAGCGGGUGAGGCGCCAGUUAAACAACACUCCAACACCUGUUCUGGUCGUGCUCCCUCCAACAACUGUAGUGGAGCCUCCAGUGAGGAUUAUCCCAACCCUCUCCUCUCCCUCCAUUGCUGCACCAACCGAAAGUUCUGCUCCACCUGUAAGAGGCCCUGUUCCUCUACCAGGCAAGCCCACAAUCAGAGUCCGUGACCCCAUUGCCCACACUCCAACCCUGGGACCCCCUCAACCAACAAAAGUACUGGAGACCACCAGCACCAUUCCUAUUCAGCCAACCGUGACCAGGCCGACUUAUGUGGAGGCCACUGCCACACCACCCACACCUACUAGAAGAACUACAAAGAAACCCAAGAGACCGAAAACUACACCGGCACCCAGAGAGCCGAAGACUUCCACAGCCAAGCCACCCAGGCGCACUACACCACCAUCACCUGCUGUCCUCCCGGAUCCCUACAACGAGAGGCCAAUCUUGAAGAACCCCAUUGACCAGGUCAAUGCAUUGGUGGGCACCUAUUUCGAGGUAAAGAUCCCUCUUGAUACGUUCUAUGAUAAAGAGGAUGGCCCAACAGACAAGCUGCGUCUAACUUUGAGACAGAACCACAAUGAAGUGGUUGGAGAGAGCUCCUGGAUCCAGUUCAACACCACCAACCAACUUCUCUACGGCCUGCCAGACAGCCAGCACGUGGGAAAACAUGAAUACUUCAUGCAGGCAACUGACAAAGGUGGCCUGAACGCAAUUGAUGCUUUUGAGGUCCGUGUGAAUCGCUGGCCCGCCAACGACAAGACCCCUGUGAUCUUCACAGCCCGACUCGAUGGUGAGCCUCGUUCGGUAACAAAUGACAUCCACAAGAAGAUUCUUCUGGUCAAGAAGCUGGCAUACGCACUGGGAGACCGCAACAGCAGUCGAGUCAGUCUGAGAAAUAUCAGCAAAGGGUCAAUUGUGGUGGAGUGGACAAACACCAGCCUCCCACAGCACCCAUGUCCAAAGGAGCAGCUCACGACCAUGAGCAGGAUGCUCGCCAACUCUGACGGAAAACCCUCGCAAACCUUCAGAUACUCUAUGGAGCCUGAAUUCAGACCGCUGGAUGUCCAGGUUAAGGGAAGGGCAAGCUGCAAAACAUAUUCCUUCAUCCCUCCGAGAGAGAUCCCUGUAACCGAAUCUCCUCCAGUCACUCCAGCUCUGGGAACAGGCCGGCAGAGCACAGAUGACGUCUAUCUCCACACAGUCAUUCCCGCCGUGGUGGUGGCGGCGAUCUUGUUGAUAGCUGGUAUCAUUGCGAUGAUCUGCUACAGGAAGAAACGGAAGGGCAAGCUGACCAUCGAGGACCAGGCCACCUUCAUCAAAAAAGGCGUGCCGAUUAUCUUUGCAGAUGAACUUGAUGACUCGAAGCCUCCUCCAUCUUCCAGCAUGCCCUUGAUUCUACAGGAAGAGAAGCCUCCACUUCCACCUCCUGAGUACCCCAACAUGGCCACACCGGAGACCACUCCCCUCAACCAGGAGUUGCUGGGGGAGUACACGGCUCUGCGGGACGAGGACCCCAACGCACCUCCCUACCAGCCACCGCCUCCCUUCACCACUCCCAUGGAGGGCAAGGGCUCCCGUCCAAAGAACAUGACUCCGUACAGAUCUCCACCUCCCUACGUGCCGCCUUAAGACUUGUUUAACCCUCCCCUCGACAGGUGGAGGGAGAGGAUGCCUGAGGAACUGUGAUGGUUUCCAUUUUGGUGUUUGUCUGUCUGGACAUUUACAGGGAGAGAUGACAAGAGGUGCUAAAGUACAAACAGCUACAGGGGACAAAGGUUUGGGAGGGGGAGUCAUGAGUCGGGUGGGUUUACAGUAGACAGAUGGGAUGAUUGGUUAAACUGCUGGGAGGGACUACUGUUUUUGUGGUAGCCCAGCUACUACAGUGGCCUAAGACAAACAAAUCCUCGUCACAUUUCGGAUCCAUCAGUUGGUCAGAAGCGACGAUGGGGAGACGUGUUCUCCCUUCCCAGCAUUUCAUUUUUUAACGUACUGGCUUUUAUUUGGUUUAGUUCGUCUCUCAUUAUCCAAACGUCCUUCUUCUUUUUUCCUUUUUUUCUGGACUGAACGUUUGCCUAACAGCUCUUCAUUUGUCUUGCUUUUAAACGAUACGAGAAGACUGCCACCGCCGGAUGUCCGCGGGCACACGACUCGUAUUUUUAAUAAGGAGUGAGACUCUUUGAGGAUCUGCGAUCACCCCUGCAGACGACCUGAGAGAAUGGGAGGCCGAAGGUGUGUGUGUGUGUGUGAGUGAAUGAGUGUGUGUUUAUUCAAAUACGGUUUGCCUUUUAACACUAGUUGUCUGUUUCUAUCCUUAUUCACAGUGUCUAGUAAAGAUGAGAAUAACAAGGUAGCCUAAAAAAAAGAUUUAGAGAUGAAUAAUAAAUAAUUUGUUUGUUUCAUUGGUUUUAAAAUUCACUGUAUAUCUGGAAGAUGUUCUGAUAGAUUGUGUUCUAUUUUUUUGGGUGGUGGAAGAAAGGCACUGCCUCGCUAAGAUAACCUGCAGGAGCUCUUUAAUUCCUGUCAUGACGAUUAGACUUCAGAGAAACGCCUUCCUCUGACGAGGAGACGAUGAACUACUGUUUUUUAUUAUGAGAAUAUGGAACUAACUUGUAAAUUCAGAGUUUAGUUUGGAUCUGGAUGCAGUUUUUAUGCAGAUUUGACCUCAGACUACAUUCAUCCAGUACAUCCAACGUAAACAGGAAAAGGACCCCCUUCAGUUUAUUUUGGAGCAGGGAUAAUUAUUUUUUUAUGUAACGAGGCAGUUCAUGCUCAGAGGAGGAACUGUGUGUGCCAUGGAGACUCUCCCAGGUGGGAUUGUACAGAUUCACGUUUAGAGGUCGCAGAGGAAGGAACAAAAAUAACCUUGAAUGAAUUUCCAGUAAUUAAGUAAAAAUCAGUCAAUUCUAAUUUUUUUACAAAGUUUUUUGAUACAGCCUCAAAUUGUUUGAUUAUUAAAAGAAAACAUGAUCAAUAAUUAGUCUUCUGUGAUUUGUAAGAUCUUAGCCUAGAAGUUAUGAUUCACUUAUGUACACCUUUUUUUUUUUGUUGUUGUCAUGGGUCACAUAUUUCAAAUGUUUUCAUUUUAUCGUGUGUUUGUUUGCAUAUCGAAAAUGUAUCUCCCGAC